AUGGCGGAAACGACCUCUUUAAUUAACGAGCCGGAUGUAGAUUUCCACUUGAAGUUGAAUCAGCACAGUUUCAAUAUACCAUAUGAGCAAUUACAGAGGAACUCAAGGUAUCUCAAUCGGUUAAUCGAGAAGGAAAUUGAUGAAUUAAACUCACAUUAUGAGAGGCUUAAUAUUGCUUUAGGAUCAGGUAAUAUUGAAGGCGAUAAGAAGGCACUGCAAGAAUUGAAGGAUAUAAUACGGAGUGUGGAAAUCUUUGAGAAAAGGCUCCAAAAAAGAGUCAAUGAAGAAGUGCCCAUAUUAAAGAGACUUGAAGUCCGUAUCAACUUCUUCAAGGAACUUGAAAAUGCUAAACAGCAAGUAGCAGAUAUAACCCCGUUAAUGGAAUGGUAUCUAAAAUUUACGAAUAUAUUGAUCGGUGAUUAUUUGACUAGACAUACCACUAGCAAUAGCUCACCAGAACUAGGAUUGCCAGGGGUAACCUUUUUAGAGCAAGAAGGCAUACAGGAUUUGUUGGACACUGAUAUUUUACUUACAGGUAAUAGAAUAUCAACGGCUUUGGUGGACAAUCAUGAUUUAAGGCCUUUACUGGAUUGGAUAAAUGAUAGUAAAUCGUAUUUGAAGAAGAAUGGAUCACGACUCGAAUUUGAAGCCAGAUUUCAACAAUAUAUUGAAUUGCUGAAGGCAUCCGAAUAUGAAGAGGCUAUCAAGUGUUUUCAGGAUUACCUACUUAAGUUUGUGAAUACUAAUUUCAAUGAGUUGACACAUGCCUCUGGACUAUUAUUGUCAAUUAACUACUGUAAAGAGAUCAUGAAGGCAAAAGCUAGCGAAAGGAGCGCAAUUCUUACCAAGGACGAUGGGAAUCCUUUAGAGAAUGAAAUAAGAGCCUACAAAUAUUUUUUUCAUAAAAAGCCAAAGAUUGUGGAGCAACAACAUGUAAAACCUGUAGAUCUGAGUUACAUGAAUUUGAGUCAAAAUACAGAUUUCGAGAAAUAUAUGCUGCUUCUAGAUGAUAAAAGAUGGGGACUACUUAAUGAAUUAUUUUUGAAGGAUUAUUAUUCCUUAUAUGGUAUCUCCCAAAAUGAUCCACUUUUGAUUUAUUUAUCACUUGGUAUUUCUACGUUAAAAACUAGGGAAUGUCUUCAUCAUAGAAGGGUUGCCAAAUCGAGUAGUCCACUGGUUGAUAAGAAAGUUGAAGAGGAGGUACUUCAAAAUAGCUGUCCAGUUUGUGACAAGACAUUUGCGCCUAUUGCAGAAAGUCUACCGUUUGCUCAUCACACGCAAUCACAACUAUUUGAUGACCCAAUUAUGCUACCAAAUGGAAAUAUAUACGAAGCAAAAAGAUUAAAAAGACUAGCCAAAUAUCUCGUUGAUAUUAAGGCAAUAGAAUUGGGUGAAACAGAAGUAAUCGAUCCAAUAGAUAAGCAAAUAUACAAUGAAGCGGAUUUCAUUACGAUGUAUCCAACCUAG